ACAAGAAAAACCGCCGAAAACCUCGGUUGAUUCAAAUAAUAUCAAAUGUCAGAUAUAGGAAUUUAGGAAUGGUUUGGGGAAAGAGUUCUGGUUUUAUGGGAAAACAUGAAAUAGAGGAAUUUGGACGUCUCUGCAUUUUAUUUUUCAUAUUAUUGGCAGCCUAAUGGACAACUGAAUGGAAGUGAUAUAUGAAUUUCAGUUCUGGCAAUUCCCGCAUUUUUUCCUUUGUCACAAGUUCUACGAAAUCAGCAGUAACUUGGACAUGAAUUUUUCCCCUGGUUCAUAGGCUCUUUUUUCGUUCGAUCAGGAUAUAAAGCUUCGUCGUUCAUCUUGAGAACUUCCUUUGUUCGUAACAUGUACAGAUUAUUAUUUUAUAAUGUCUUACAGGACGUGAAUGUGGCCCAUGAAAAUGCCCUUUUAUUUGUGAAGUUAAUGUCUUGCAGGAUUUUCUCUCGUAUACUUCUACUUGGGCAAUGCGGAUUAAUAAAUUCUUCUUACUUAAAAAAAAAAAUUGUGAAGCUCAUAAAUGCACCACACCUUUUUAGCAAGUGCUAUCUCUCUUUUGUCAUAAGGGGAGGUUUUGGGUUCAAUCCUAUGAAAUGAGGUGGGAAUGGGGGUUUCUUCUUGAUUUGGAGCAGGCAAAUUUUCAGUCAUGUCAUUGGAUAUAAUUGAAUAAUAGGUUUAAAAAAAAUCUUGGUCAUAGAUCAUGUGAGUUUUUUUUUUUUUUUUUUCCUGAAAGAUUGGCUGGUAUAUGAUAUUUCUUUAAGAUUAAAUGUUUCAUGCUAUACCAGUCACAUAUUUAUAUUUGUAGAAAUGGCUGUCCUGGAAGUAAACAAGAAACUUCUUGAAGAACUCGAAGACAUGGGAUUUCCAAGGGAACGAGCUACACGGGCACUUCAUUAUUCUGGUAGCUGUGGACGUUGAUCUUGAUUGUCCUCAACCAUUCCACAUCACAGAACAAAUGAAAUUGAAGGCAGAGGAACUAAGGUUCCCUUUUCUGUUUCCUUAUAACAAUUUUUAUUUUUUAUGUGCAGGUUCCUCUCAUUAUCAAAAUCUUCAUAGUCUUCUUACUAAUUCUGGCUGGUUUCUUUCCAUGACUACUGAUCUUGUCGAGUUUCAUGGAUCGAGCAUGCAAGAAGAAGGAAGAAGAAGAAAAGAAAUUAGAAAGGAUGGAGGGAGAGGGUAUAAUGCAAUUAUUUUUAUUGAGAGGAUUCGAGCCAGUAAGGAUCUUACUGAGACAAAGCAACUUGCUGAAGAAAAUGAAAGGAAACGUUAUUUAGCCUUGCGGAAAGCAGAAAAGGAAGAGGAGAAAAGAGCAAGGGAUAAAGUGUUACGGAAACUAGAGCAGGAUAAGGUAGAAAGAAGGUAUCAUCUGGGAUUGCCUCCAGAAAGGCCUGCAGCAUUAAAACCUUCCACUCCUUUGUUUCAGGAAAAAAGGUUGCAAACCUUAUUGCCUGUGAAGUCUGUUACAAAGGCAGAGCACAUGAAGGAAUGUUUAAGAACUAUUAAGCAUAAUCACCAGGAUGAUGGUGCCAGAGUUAGGAGGGCCUUCCAAACUCUUCUGAUCUAUAUUAGAAAUGUCGCAAAAAACCCUGAUGAGGAAAAGUUCAGGAAGAUCAGACUUAGUAACCUAUUAUUCCAGGAUAGAGUUGGGAAUUUGAGAGGAGGUGUGGAGUUUCUAGAGCUCUGUGGGUUUGAGAGAACAGGAGGAGAAGAGUAUUUAUACCUUCCCCGUGAUGAGGCAGUGCUAAACACAGUGGGGUUUGAACUGAAGUCUGCAAUGACCAACCCCUUCUUUGGAGUUCUAAGUGGGCAAGAGGUGAUUGCAGUGUGAUAUCAGGUUUAAUGAAAGAAAUUUGGCUACAGAUGAUUACAUGCUUGUGAAUGCCAUGUGUAUAUCUCGUGUUAAGUUCCUCUAUGAAUACAGUCGACAGUGGGAGGAUGCAUAACAUUUUAUGCUAUAUAUAUUGUAAUCAAAAUUCUCCAGAAGUAUAAUGAAAUGAGGGUAUGAUGUUUGUUCU